CACCUAAUGGACAAGCAUGAGUUUAAACCAAGAAGCACUACAUGGAUGGAUGCGUCUCAUGUCGUUCCAGAAUAUCAACCCUCAGAUUCUUCACUCUGAUUGUUGUUAUUGGAUUCUAUUUUUCAGAGCAGAGCCCUGAAGACACGCUCACACAAGGCAGUCUACUGUAGUCCGACCCCGAAAGCAUCACUGCUGCCAUGCACAGGCUCAUUUCCAUUGCCCUGCUAUUCCUGGGUGCCAGUUUGGCUGCUUCCCUCUUCCUUCCUGACUCCCUGGAGCUGAGGCAGAUAAUGCAACGCUACCAGGACGAGCUGGAGCCCAACAGCACAAAAGCCGAUGCGCCUUUACGCACUCGCAGAGCCAUUGGGUGGUCGGACAGGGAGGAGAUCCUGCAACUGCACAACAAGCUGAGAGGAGAGGUGUACCCGACCGCCUCCAACAUGGAGUACAUGGUUUGGGACGAUGAACUGGAGAAGUCAGCGACCUACUGGGCGGAACAGUGCCAGUGGGAACAUGGACCUAAAGAUCUACUGAUGUCCAUCGGGCAGAACCUAGCCGUGCACUGGGGAAGGUACCGCUCUCCGGCCUACCAUGUGCAGGCCUGGUACGAUGAGGUGAAGGACUACACCUACCCUUACCCGCAUGAGUGCAACCCCUGGUGCCCUGAGCGCUGCUCUGGACCCAUGUGCACCCACUACACACAAGUGGUCUGGGCCACAACCAACCGUGUUGGCUGUGCUGUACACUUGUGUCCGCGUAUGAACGUAUGGGGAGAAAUCUGGGAGAACUCCGUCUAUCUCGUCUGCAACUACUCACCCAAGGGAAACUGGAUCGGGGAAGCCCCCUACCAACAUGGCCGCCCCUGUUCCCAGUGCCCACCAAGCUAUGGAGGAAGCUGCAGAGACAACCUCUGCUACAAGGGAGACCCUGAACGUCACGAGCCUCCAGAUACGAAUGAGGUGGAGAAGCAGCAGGAGCCAGUACAGCCUCGAACUACUCCAACUAAGCCUCAGCCCAAACCCUCUUCCCCCAAAAAACCUGCAAAUGCCAAUCCUUCCUCAACCAAGACUACAAGAACAACCUAUCUAGCACAAAAUAUUAAGUGUGAGACAAGAAUGAGGGACAAAUGUAAAGGAGCGACCUGCAACAGGUACAACUGCCCAGCAAACUGCUUAAAUAAAAAGGGGAAAGUGUGGGGAACAUUGUCUUAUGAUGUUCAAUCAAGUAUUUGCCGUGCUGCUAUCCACUAUGGAAUAAUUGACAACAAUGGAGGCCUUGUGGAUGUCACAAGAAAAGACAACUUCCCAUUCUUUGUAAAGGCAACCAAGAAUGGCGUAGAGUCAUUCAGUAAAUACAAACCUGGCAAUGCAUUUACAGUGUCGAGAGUGGAAGAGCAAACAAUAGACUGCUACACGACAGUGGCUGAGAUUUGUCCCUUCAAGUCGUCUGCCUCUCAUUGUCCAAGAGUCUUCUGCCCAGCUAACUGCAUAAACGAACCUUCAUAUUGGGCUCCAGUGGUCGGCACCAACAUUUACGGUGAUGGCUCCAGUAUCUGCCGAGCAGCUCUCCACGCUGGAGUGAUCAAAGCCAGCGGCGGAAUAUCUUUUAUAUGA